AACAUAAGGAGGUAUCAGUCCAUUCCAAUCUCAAUCCUCUUUGCAUUUUGCUGCAAUAGCGGGGCGUUGUUUCUGAUAUAGAAGAAACUUGGAGGAUUCUUUGUUCUUUUCUCCAUCGAUUUUCCAGUGGCGGUGUCGUUUUGUGUGAGAGAUAGAGAGAGUGAGAGUGUGAGAGAGAGAGGAACCGAAUCCAGACUUGGAAAAGUCAAUAUUGUUCGGCAGUGGAGUGUUUCGGAGAGAGAGAGAAAGGGACCCAGAGAGAGUGAGAGAGCGGAAAGAGAGCGGAGAGAUUCUGAGAGUGAGACUCUGAGAGAGAGAGACUCUGAGAGCCAGAAGCUUGUCCCGACGAGAACGUCAGCCGCGCACCACACGGGGAAGCCCUACCUCCUAGGACGGACUGGCGAUAAGCGUCAAAGCCGCCCCGACUAGACACUCAUACUUCCACCUUAUCCACAGUUGUCCUCACGCAACCCACACCCUCUCUCUCCCCACCGGCCGUUUCUUGCUGAGAGAGUGAGAGAGUGAGAGAGAAAGUGGAACCAGUCGGGUUUGCCUUCUUUUUUCUUCCAACAUGGCUUCUCUGGACACUCUGGACCUCAUCGUCCUGGCAGUCUUGCUGCUGGGAACCGUUGCCUACUUCACCAAAGGCACCUACUGGGCCGUCCAACAGGACCCAUACGCCACCUCCCAGGCCAAUGGCGCGCUCAAGGCGGGAAAGACGAGAAACAUUCUCGAGAAGAUGGAGGAGUCGGGCAAGAACUGUGUCAUCUUCUACGGUUCUCAGACCGGCACUGCCGAGGACUACGCUCAACGAUUGGCCAAAGAGGGUCACUCCCGAUUCGGCCUCAAGACCAUGACGGCCGAUUUGGAAGAAUAUGAUUUCGAGAAUCUGGAUCAGUUCCCCGAAGACAAGGUCGCCUUCUUCGUGCUGGCCACGUAUGGUGAGGGAGAGCCCACGGACAACGCCGUCGAGUUCUACGAGUUCAUCCACGGAGAUGAGGUCAACUUUAGCGAAAAGAGCUCCGAGGAGUCACCACUGCAGAACUUGAAGUAUGUGGCAUUCGGCCUGGGCAACAACACCUACGAGCACUACAACUCCAUGGUCCGCGAGGUGAACAAGUCGCUCACGAAGCUGGGUGCGCAGCGGAUCGGAGAUGCGGGCGAAGGUGACGAUGGCGCGGGCACCAUGGAGGAAGACUUCCUCGCAUGGAAGGAGCCCAUGUGGGCCGCUCUCUGCGAGGCCAUGAACCUCGAGGAGCGUGAGGCCGUGUAUGAGCCGGUAUACGAGGUGACGGAGCAGGAACAUUUGGAUGACGACUCCAUCGUGUACAAGGGUGAGCCCAACAAGAACCACCUCGAAGGCACAUCCAAGGGACCUUACAACGCACACAACCCAUACAUCGCAUCCAUUGCCGAAUCGAGAGAACUCUUCAACGACAAGUCGCGGAACUGCUUGCACAUGGAAAUCGACAUCUCCGGCUCCAACCUGUCCUACACGACCGGUGACCACAUUGCCGUCUGGCCCAACAACCCUGGCCGCGAGGUCGACCGACUGCUCCACAUUGUCGGUCUGAGCGACAAGCGCGACAUGCCCAUCAAGGUCAAGGGUCUCGAUGCCACCGCCAAAGUCCCCUUCCCGCAGCCCACCACCUACGAAACCGUCUUCCGAUACCAGCUCGAGAUUUGCGCUCCCGUGUCUCGCCAGUUCGUGGCCACGCUUUCGCAAUUCGCACCGAACGACGAGGUCAAAGAGAAGGCAAGCAAAAUUGGCAAUGACAAGGACACUUUUGCCGAAGAAGUCUCCAAGAAGAACUUCAACUUGGGACAAUUCCUCGAGCACAUUGGCGGUGGCCAGAAGUGGGACAAACUCCCCUUCUCCCUCUUCAUCGAGGGCAUCACCAAGAUUCAACCACGAUACUACUCCAUCUCCUCCUCCUCGCUGGUGCAAAAGAAUAAGGUCUCCAUCACCGCCGUCGUCGAAUCCGUCGAAGUGCCCGGCGCUCCUCACGUCGUCAAGGGCGUGACGACAAACUACCUCCUCGCAUUGAAACUGAAGCAACACGGUGAUCCGAACCCGGACCCGCACGGCCUGAACUACGCUAUCCAAGGCCCUCGCAACAAGUACGACGGCGUGCACGUUCCCGUGCACAUUCGACACUCCAACUUCAAGCUGCCUUCCGACCCGAGUAAGCCCAUCAUCAUGGUCGGUCCGGGAACCGGUGUGGCUCCGUUCCGCGGUUUCGUGCAAGAACGCGCACAACAGGCCAAGAAUGGCGAAAAGGUCGGCAAGACAAUCCUGUUCUUUGGCUGCCGCAACCGCAACGACGAUUUCAUAUACAAAGAGGACUGGGAGCAAUGGCAAUCCGACCUCGGCGAAAACUUCAUCCUCGACACGGCCUUUUCGCGCGAAUCGUCCAAGAAAGUCUACGUGCAACAUAAGAUGAAAGAGCGCGCUCAGGAAAUCAACGAAUUGCUCGAGCAAAAGGCUUACUUUUACGUUUGCGGCGACGCGGCCAACAUGGCCAAAGAGGUGGCGGACAUUCUGGCAACCAUCAUCAGCGAGCAGAGAGGCGUGGAUAAGAAGAAGGGAGAGGAUAUUGUGAAGAGCAUGCGAACUGCGAACCAGUAUCAGGAAGAUGUCUGGUCGUAAAGGAAGGGACAUGUAGGUAAGGUAGUAGAACCUACCUACCUACCUACCUACCCAAAGAAAUGUCGAUGAAAGAGAAAGAGAGAGAAGCAAAUACAAGAAAUGUGUAGUUUCGGACGAAGGAGACGGGCAAAUGCAGGCGCUGGUAACGGAGUUUGUUCGAGUUUUGACACGAUGCUGCCUGCCUGCCUGCCUGCCUACCUGCCUGCCUGCCGUGGGCGGUUGGUCAGGUCUGUGGUGGUUCGUAGUACAGGACAGGUUGUGGGCGGUCGCCGUUGUAGCUAGCUAGGUAGCUUAGGUGGCUAGAUAGCUCUAGCGUCGCGCGCGCGAUUACAGGUUGUUCGUUCCAUAUGACUAGGGAGAGGAACCUGGUCAGCUGCUCUGGUGGUACAUACAGUACAGUACAUGUACCUACUGUGUGAGCCAUAUACCGCGUUUAGCAGUGUGUUUGAAGAGCCGUCAUCUUGUGUAGCCAGCCAGUGAUCUACGCGAAACGCCCGGGCACCUAGGUGAUGUGAUUGCGGAAAAAUGAAACUCUGUCUCAUCAAGCUCGGACUGCA